AUGGCGGAGCAGCGGCCCCUCCCACAGAGCUCCGCAGCGGGUUGUUGGGCUGGGCGCUCGCUGCAGGUCGCCCGGUACCAGCGCUGCCGCAUCCCUGCUGCACUCCAGCACCCGCGGCCUCUCCGGCUCCCGCAGCCCCGCGGCGACCUGGUGCUAAGGCGCGCGCAGCUCGGUAAGGUCGGGGCGCUCAGCUACCCGCAAGAGGAGGCCACCCUGAACGAGAUGUUCCGCGAGGUUGAGGAGCUGAUGGAGGACACGCAGCACAAACUGCGCAGCGCGGUGGAGGAGAUGGAGGCAGAAGAAGCUGCUGCUAAAACGUCACCAGAAGUGACCUUGGAAAACCUCCCUCCCAGCUAUCACAAUGAGACCAGCACAGACACCAAGGUUGGAAACAGUACUGUCCACGUGCACCGAGAAAUCCACAAGAUAACCAACAACCAAACUGGACAAACGGUCUUUUCGGAGACGGUUAUCACAUCUAUAGGCGAGGAAGAAGGAAAAAGGAGUCAUGAGUGCAUCAUUGAUGAGGACUGCGGGGCCAGCAGCUACUGCCAGUUUGCCAGCUUCCAGUACACCUGCCAGCCGUGCCGAGACCAGCAGGCGCUCUGCACCCGGGACAGCGAAUGUUGUGGGGACCAGCUCUGCGUCUGGGGUCGCUGCACCAAAAUGGUCACCAGGGGUGGCAACGGGACCAUCUGCGACAACCAGAGGGACUGCCAGCCCGGCCUGUGCUGUGCCUUCCAGAGAGGCCUGCUGUUCCCUGUGUGCACACCCCUGCCCGUGGAGGGUGAGCUCUGCCACGACCCUGCCAGCCGGCUUCUGGACCUCAUCACCUGGGAGCUGGAGCCCGAGGGAGCGCUGGACCGAUGCCCAUGUUCCAGUGGCCUCCUCUGCCAGCCCCACAGUCACAGCCUGGUGUACGUGUGCAAGCCGGCCUUUAUUGGGAGCCACAACCAAGAUGGGGAGAGCCUGUUGCCUGCAGAAGCCCCCGGAGAGUCCGAAGGUGACAGCUUCAUGGAGGAGGUGCGCCAGGAGCUAGAGAACCUGGAGCGGAGCCUGACGGAAGAGAUGGGGUUUGGGGAGCCGGCCCCCUCCGAGCUGCUGGGAGGAGAGGAGAUUUAGACAUGCCCUGCCCUGCAGGUAGCCAUGCAAUAGAGAUAGCUAAUUUAUUUCCCGGGUGUGUCCUCCAGGUGUGGGCUGGCCAGGCUUUCCCCAUGUCCUCUUCUGAGUAAAUGCUCCCUCUGGCUUGACACAAGUGUGUGCUUGUCCGGCCACCCAGACUGCCGUCCCCAGCACAGCUGUGAUGCUGGAGGAAGGUGAGCAGGGCAGGGACAGGGCGGGACUGGCAGCUCCCCUUGGCUCACAUCCUGGGCCCCGUUUGCCUCUAUGGAUCAGCAGACUGUGCGUUUGGGUCUACAAGGCUUUGAGAAUUGAUUGAGGGAAGAGAGUGGAAAUGGGUGUGGAAUCUCCCCCGACGGUUUCUGGGGUCUGUGGUUGCUUUGCAAAUAUCAAUCCUGUGAAAAUGCAGCAGAUUCAUUCUCAUGCAGUCCUUUCCCUGGACCUAGGCAAGCUGUGCCUCCAGCUGUGGCAGCUGAAAUGCUCUGCUCCUGCUCCUGCUGCAUUCUUGCACUCUCCCACUCAGCCGUUUUACUCAGCUCCUACCUCUGUGUCAGGGACAGUUUCCUAUCCAGGAUUGACUCAGCAUGACCUGGGGAGGGAGGUGGUGGUCUCCUCGUCCGUCAGGGACCUCAGAGGCUCAGAGACUGUGGGCUACUUGCCCAAGUCACAGAGCUGUGGAAGGCCACUGCAGGUUUCACACAGGUGAAAGCCCAGCGUUCUCCCCACUCCCCGCACCAGCCUCUGGGCCACCAAGAGUACCCCUCACAAAAAGGAGGAUGUUUUCUUUUGAGACACACCUGGAAUUAAGGUCAAACUAGUGCCCACCUCCCACUAAGAGGAAUCACCUGCUGCCAGGGCAUCGUCCUUACCAGAGCGAGGCAGCCCCACUGCAGUGGGGACAAUGGUGGUGCUGACAGUCUCCCGCAGGGCAUUAGUAACUUCAAAGGUGUGUACUGGAGCAUAGUGUAUACGUUAACUCACAGAAACAGUAAUUAGGCCUUUGUAGGGUCAGGAUUAGAAAUGAAAUUUGCAAACUCACUUAGCAGCAACUGAAGACCAUUAUCAACCACAUGGAGAAAACCAAACUAAGCAAGGCUCUAUGAAAUACGGCUGGAAUAUUCAAGCUGAGAAGGCUCUGUAUGCCGUUCCACAAAUGAUAUUUUCAGGUGCCAUGGACUGUUCCCAUUGUGUAUCCAUCCAGAGUUAUUAAAUUUUAAAGUUGCACAUGA